AUGAGGUGCUGCCCGCGGGCCGCCCUGGUCCUGGGGCUGCUGCGCAUUUACCUGGCCCAGGCCAACUUUGCCCCUCACUUCUUUGACAAUGGAGCGGGCAGCACCAACGGCAACAUGGCACUGUUCAGCCUCCCAGAAGACACUCCUGUAGGUUCUCACGUGUACACCCUAAAUGGGACUGACCCCGAGGGAGACCCUCUCUCCUACCACAUCAGCUUUGACCCCAGCACUAGAAGUGUCUUUUCUGUUGAUCCCAAUUGUGGAAACAUCACCCUGGUGGAAGAGCUGGACAGAGAGAAGGAAGAUGAGAUCGAAGCCAUCAUCAGCAUUUCCGAUGGCCUGAACCUGGUGGCAGAGAAAGUCGUGAUAUUGGUGACAGAUGCCAAUGAUGAGGCGCCCAGGUUUAUCCAGGAGCCUUACGUUGUCCUGGUUCCAGAGAACACACCUGCUGGCAGCAGCAUCUUUAAGGUCCACGCAGAGGACAAGGACACAGGCUCUGGAGGGAGUGUCACCUACUUCCUACAGAACCUACACUCCUCCAAGUUCACCAUGGACCGCCACAGUGGUGUGCUGCGUCUCCAGACUGGAGCCACACUGGACUAUGAGAAGUCGAGGGCUCAUUUCAUCACUGUGGUCGCCAAGGAUGGUGGAGGCAGGCUUCGAGGGGCUGAUGUGGUGUUCUCAGCCACCACCACAGUCACCAUCAAUGUGGAAGACGUUCAGGAUACGGCCCCUAUGUUCGUGGGUACACCUUAUUAUGGUUAUGUAUACGAGGACACCCUUCCGGGCUCGGAGGUGCUGACGGUGGUUGCCAUAGACGGAGACCGAGGCAAACCCAACCACAUUCUCUACAGACUCUUGAACGGUAAUGAUGGAGUCUUCGAAAUUAAUGAGACAUCUGGAGCCAUCUCCGUCCUUCAGAGCCCUGCCCAGCUCCGGAGAGAGGUGUAUGAGCUUCACGUGCAGGUGACAGAGGUCAACUCUCCAGGAAGCCCAGGUGCUCAGGCCAUGGUCCCAGUCACCAUCAGGAUUGUGGACCUCAACAACCAUCCUCCAACCUUCUAUGGAGAGAGUGGACCCCAGAACAAGUUUGAACUAUCUAUGUGUGAGCACCCACCCCAGGGGGAGAUCCUUCGUGGACUCAAGAUCACUGUCAAUGACUCUGACCAGGGAGCCAAUGCCAAGUUCAACUUACGGCUGGUGGGACCUGGAGGCAUCUUCCGAGUCGUGCCACAAACGGUCCUGAAUGAAGCCCAAGUCACCAUCAUAGUAGAGAACUCAGCCGCCAUUGACUUUGAAAAGUCUAAGUUGUUAACCUUCAAGCUCCUGGCUAUUGAAGUGAACACCCCGGAGAAGUUCAGUUCCACAGCAGACAUUGUGAUCCAGCUUCUGGACACCAAUGAUAAUGUCCCCAAGUUCACCUCUCACUACUACAUUGCCAGGAUCCCAGAGAAUGCUCCAGGGGGCUCCAACGUGGUGGCUGUCACAGCUGUGGAUCCAGAUACAGGACCAUGGGGCAAAGUCCAGUACUCCAUCUAUGGGACCGGGUCAGACCUAUUCUUGAUUCACCCAUCAACUGGGCUUAUCUACACUCAGCCCUGGGCCAGCCUGGAUGCUGAGGGCACUUCGAGGUACAAUUUUUAUGUGAAGGCAGAAGAUAUGGAUGGGAGGUACAGCCUGGCUGAGGUGUUUGUUACUCUGUUGGAUGUCAAUGACCAUUACCCUCAGUUUGUACAGAGCAUCCAGGAGAAGACAAUGGUGCUGGGAACCCCAGUGAAAAUUGAGGCUACGGACCAGGAUGCAGAGGAGCCAAACAACUUGGUAGACUACUCCAUCACCCAUGCAGAGCCAGCCAAUGUGUUUGACAUUGAUGCACACACGGGAGAGAUCUGGCUCAAGAAUUCCAUCCGCUCCUUGGAGGCCCUACACAACAUCACACCCAGUGGGGACUACUCAUGGUCCCUACAGGUACAGGCCAAGGACCGGGGCUCCCCAUCUUUCAGCACAACAGCCUUACUCAAGAUUGACAUCACAGACACAGAGACGCUGUCCCGAGGCUCCAUGGCUGCCUUCCUGAUACAGACCAAGGACAAUCCCAUGAAGGCUGUGGGUGUGUUGGCUGGAGUCAUGGCCGUUGUUGUGGCCAUAACUGUCCUCAUCUCCACCGCCACCUUCUGGCGUAACAAGAAGUCCAACAAGGUCCUGCCUGUGAGGCGUGUGCUCCGUAGACGGCCCAGCCCUGCACCCCACACGGUUCGAAUAGAGUGGCUAAAAUUCAGGAGGGCCAAGGCUGCGACCAAGUUCAUACUCAAAGAGGAUCCUCCCAAUGAGAACUGCAACAACAGCAGGGCGGGAAUCACAGUGCCCCCCAGAGCUCCAGCUCUUCCGCCACCCCCCAAAAUGGCAUCCAAUACAGUGGCCCAACAGACAGUGCCUACUGUAUCUGGAUCCCUCACCCCGCAGCCACCCCAACAAUUACCCAAGCCCAAGCCCUUAGGAGGCCCCAUUCAGUCCUCUCUGGUCUCUGAGCUCAAGCAAAAGUUUGAGAAGAAGAGUCUAGACAACAAGGUUUACUUCUAG